GAGACGUUCGGCGUCUACAUCUACAAAGUGCUCAAGCAGGUGCACCCCGACACCGGCGUCUCCAGCAAGGCCAUGGGCAUCAUGAACUCCUUUGUCAACGACAUCUUCGAGCGCAUCGCCGCCGAGGCUUCCCGUCUGGCUCACUACAACAAGCGCUCCACCAUCAGUAGCCGCGAGAUUCAGACCGCCGUCAGACUCCUGCUGCCGGGCGAGCUGGCCAAGCACGCCGUCAGCGAGGGCACCAAGGCCGUCACCAAGUACACCAGCUCCAAGUAGAUCGACCGCCGCUGAUCGACAUAACCCCGGCCUUUUUCAAGGCCACCCACAUCCCCACAAAAGAGCUGUUUCAAUCACAAUAUAAUCACAAUAUACACUACCACAAUAUACACAUGUACACACCACUAACCUGUCACCGCAGCUAGCUACAAAGCUACCCAUGCACAUGGCAAUACAGAGACUACGUCCAGCGUCAA